ACACACCUUUGUGUCUGAUUGGCUGUGAUGCAAUGGCCAGCCCUCACUGACGAGCGGAUUCUGAAACGCGCUUGAAUGGAGCAGAAGAGAAAGAGAGGGGAAACGUGAGAAUUCAUUUCGGCGAAGGUGCAGCUAUUCGCGGCGGCUAUCGCUUCUUCACUCACUGAAAGCGGCUGGAUAUGCUGAACUACAACUUGUCGCCUUUCUAUCAGCUAUCUGAUAAAGAAGCCAUGGAUGCAUUUAACGUCAAGCUCUUAAAUGUUGUUGCUGAGCAAGGUGCCAUUGAAGCUGUAGAGGCACUGAUGUCCAUGAGAUCCCUCUGCAAAAUGGGUAGCAAGCAACUAACUGAAUUCCGCCCACUCACCCCGUCUUCUGAUGGCCCUGAAGAAGCAGAUGAUCCACUUCUGUCUGGUCCAGUUGAUUUCUCUGUUUCCUCAUUUUGCUUGACCCCACCCUACAGUCCUGAAAACUUUGAGAUGUCUACCACAACUGCAAUGCAGACAUUUUCAACGAGACCAGCAUCUGAUUUUGGAAAGCCAAUGGAAAUGAACAUUUCCCAGAAGGAACGGCAAUCCAGAGAGUCUGUGCAGAAACAUCAGUCAUUUCAGGCGAUAAGUGUCAUUCGCCAUACAUCAGAUGCCCAGCCUUGCACUUGCCACUCGUGUCCAAUGGGAAAAAGAGAAUUUCCUACAGACAUAAGUCUUGCAUCUAAAAUUCCAGUUAAAAACAACUCUGACUCUGAAAAAAAUAAACGUAUUUGCACAGAAGUAAACCAGAUAUUUGCAGCAUCUGCAUCUGUGCCUGUUGUGACACCCGGGGUCUCCAACUCUGAAACAAAUAAACUUGUCUAUGCAGAAGUAAGCCAGAGCUUAGAGGCAUCAACAUCUGGACCCGUCUUUACACCUGUGGUGACCAACUCUCAGCAGAAUCCAGUCAUUGUCCCUUCAAGCACAUUGUCGCCUGCUGGAGUUUUGCCAGUUCCAGUAAUUUGCCAGCUUGUUCCUAUUCCUCCAGCCACAAACCGCUUUGUUACGACCGUCAUCCCUAACAAUCCAGCUGGGCAGCAACCUCUGUGUCAGCCAAUGGUAUUAAUGGGCACCCAAGUUCCCAAAGGUUCUGUCAUGCUUGUUGUUCCACAGUCAGGGGUCACCAAAAGAAUAACAGCAACUCCGAACGGUACCAAACUGUCUCCUAUUGCACCCGCACCAGGAUUCACAGUACCAGUACAAAAGACUGCCCUUCAUUCAGAGAUGUCAAGGACACGUAGUCAUGUCUGCAGUCAUGCAGGCUGUGGAAAGACCUACUUCAAAAGUUCUCAUCUUAAAGCCCACAUGAGAACUCAUACAGGAGAAAAACCAUUCAGCUGCAGCUGGAAGGGCUGUGAACGAAGAUUUGCACGUUCAGAUGAACUGUCACGACACCGACGAACACAUACUGGAGAAAAGAAGUUUGUCUGUCCAUUGUGUGACCGGCGCUUUAUGAGGAGCGACCAUUUGACCAAGCAUGCUCGCCGCCACAUAUCUGCCAGAAAGCUCCCCAGCUGGCAAAUGGAAGUCAGUAGGUUAUCUGACAUCUCUGCUGUGCAGCAGUAGACCGUUCCAGUGGGACAUGCUGGAAAGCUUGGACUUCCUUUUCACACAGAACACUGAAUGAGAGGAGCAGUGAUCCCUGUGCCUUGUUGCUGGGAGUUCUGCUGUUUUUGCACUCGGGGAGCAAGGAAAGUAAACAGGAGGUUAGGCAAGUUUGCUGUAUUCCUGUGAAAUGAACAAUUUAAAGAAAGGUCUCUUUGGGUUUGAAACAUUGUUACAAAGAUUAGGUUAAAGUUUUGUUAUAGUUGAAAAAGAUGACUGCGGUGGGCUGGCACCCUGCCCGGGGUUUGUUUCCUGCCUUGCGCCCUGUGUUGGCUGGGAUUGGCUCCAGCAGACCCCCGUGAACUUGUAGCGGGUUGGAUAAUGGAUGGAUGAAAAAGAUGACAGUGUACAGCGAUGCAUGUAACUCGUGGCCAAUAUUGUUUUUGCUUAUUUGCUAUUGAUUUUUUUUUACAGUAAUGUCAUUGGUUGUAGUAUCUAACUACCCCCCAUUUAUAAAUAAUUUGUUUAAGCUUUUGCACAUCCUGUGACAAUGAUUUUUGUGAAACCUUUGUGUAAAGUCAUCUUUUGGAAAUGCGAUUGUAAAUCUGAUUUCACGGAGUAUCUGCACAGCAUGCCAGCUAUUCUCUCAUUUUUCAAAAUGUCAGAAUAUCAACCGCUUUUAAAAGUGCUUCAGCUCAGGACAUGUUUAAUUCUUAAGGGGGAGAAACAGGAUUAUACUUAAUUUGGCACAUGACACUACUGUGUAUAUCACUGGCAAUGUACUGAAUAUUUGUAUAUCUUAAUUUAGGGCAGUGCUGCGGUUGUGUCCUGUAUUGUGUUUUAUCACAGUGUCAACAUUUGACCUCUCUUGUAGCUCUUCAAUUAUUUUGCACAAUAUUUCUUUUUUGAAAUUUUAUAUUUCUUGUUUACAAAAAUUAAUAAAAGUGUUUUUUUUUUUAAUAGAAUUGAUUGUUUAUCAGUCCAACCUAUACCAUGUUUUCAAGAAUGUUGGCUCGGGAUACAGUUUGAUAUUUAUUAUUAGUGAAAUAACUCCAGCAGAAUUUUUUACUAGGUUCUUAUCAUUGCAGUGCCUAUUAAAGAAAUGUUCCGCCCAAAAAUGUA